AUGGCUUUUCCACUUCCCCGGGGCGUUACAGCGUCGGAGAUCGCUUUUCUCGCGGAGAUGGAAACAGUGACCAUUGUGCCCCGCCAACGUCUGGAAGGCCUCGAACUACUCGGAGGCCCUGUUGAAGCACUUGCUCCUCCGCGACGCGCAGACAUCCCCCUAUGGUUCGCCCUUCUCCUCAAACGCCAACGCCGCGCCAACAUCAUACCGCCAUCAUGGCUACAUCCAGAGCCAUUGGGCCUAAUUCUCGAGGUUGAAUCCUCGCACCAAGACUAUCAAAAUGCUUUCUCACCGCCGCCUCCCCUACCUGGCCAACCCAGCAUCCUAGAUCGUGAUGCGACGGCGUCGGCUAAGCCGCAAUAUACCCCAGACGGCAAACGGUACUAUCCAGCGCCGCCUUUCCUGCCACACAACACGGCGCAACCGACCUCCUCACGAGAUCCACCCUCACUUCCCUUCCAUUGGGUUGAAGUCGGCAAUCUGUUACUUGACGCCGCAAGUGAUGACCUUGUGGACCCGGAUCAGAUCCGGAGACUCCUCAAGGAUCUACGAGAGGUGCGCAUGUCAAAGAUGCGAUCUGGUGUAGAUGUACUGGAUGAAGCUGCAACUGGUGGUGGCGGUGUUGCUUUGACUGGUGUUGGCUCUAUGGAACUUGGAGAAGAGCGAGGAUUCAUCACAGGCGUGGUGGAUGGUCUUAGGAGAAUCGGAUCUUCUAAGGAGCAAGCUCGGCGUGAACAAAUGGCCGAGCAAAGGGCAGCUGGCGGGUACGAGGGCACGCAGGAGGAAGAGGAGGAAGAUUACAUGGAGUUCUGA